GACCCAACACACCUCCAGGUUGUGUAAGGGCUGUUUGACCAAGAAGCAGAGUGAUGGAGUGCUACAUCAGAUGACCUGGCCUCCACAAUCACCCGACCUCAACCCAAUUGAGAUGGUUUGAGAUGAGUUGGACCGCAGAGUGAAGGAAAAGCAGCCAGUAAGUGCUCAGCAUAUGUGGGAUCUCCAGGUGAAGCUGGUUGAGAGAAUGCCAAGAGUGUGCAAAGCUGUCAUCGAGGCAAAGGGUGGCUACUUUGAAGAAUUGAAAAUAUAUUUUGAUUUGUUUAACACUGUUUUGGUUACUACAUGAUUCCGUAUGUGUUAUUUCAUAUUUUUGAUGUCUUCACUAUUAUUCUUCAAUAUAGAAAAUAGCAAAAUAUUAAGAAAAGCCCUUGAAUGAGUAGCUGUCUGGUACUGUAUGUCUGAUGGAAAUGCAACAUUUUACUGAGAUACCAAAACAUUACCGAGAGAUCAUGUAUGGUGUUGUUUGUAACAGUAACUUCUGACUCCUGUAUCUCCCUGACCAUCUCAGUACUCACCCUCUUUGACAGAGACGAAGGAGAAGGCCGCACACAACAACAGAGUGACAGCAUACAUGACAAGUAUCUGUUUAUUCCUGUCAGUCUCUGAUGAUGUCUGACUAAAAAUAUAUGUCUACAUGCUACUAAGUAGUUAUUAACAAACCCCAGCGAGCACAAAAGCAUGGAUUGAGUAAUGUUUUCUCAGAACUGGGUGAGUUCACUUUACAUUUACAUUUAUUACACAUUUAUAACAUUAUUAUUCAUGUGUUGGUAUCUUUAUUUUAACUGUAAUAUUUUACUUAGAGACUCAAAUAGCCUCUGAUAUUUAGAAAUCGUUGCAUCGUCUACCGAGUCAGUAAUGAAGGGGACGACUAUGAAUGGAAAGGAGAAAUGUGGGUUGUAAAACAAAAACUUAAAUCUGACUGCAAAUCCUUUUAACGCAGUUCCACUACACGGUCCCAACUUCACCCCAAGUUAGGGCCAUGCUGACAAUACACUGUAUGAUUUGCAAAUUACUCUGUUUGUGCUUGCCAAUGUUUGUGUGUGUGUUAGUGUGUGAGAAACAUUUUAGGAGAUUAGAUGGUCAUUAUGUGUAUUAUGGAGAAUUUUCUCUGAGUGGCCCCUACACCUCACUCCACCCAACCCCCCUCCUGCCCCAGAGCUCAGUCCUCUCAGCUGACUCGGCUUUGUGGAACACUGUGAAGGGAGUUCUAUGCGUCUUUUAUAACAAAUUACUCACCCUCAACAAAACAAGAACAGACUGCACAUCUGCCUACCUCACACAGACACGCCAUGACUUAAUAAAGUGAUGAAAGGAGAAGAGGACUAUAAACACUUGGGGCACAUUCACUGGAUUUUAAACCUGAAAUUGGUGGACUAAAUAUUUUGUUCUUGUGGGAUUCUUUUACAUUGUGGAUGUAUAUAGACACAUAUUUUUGGUAUUCGUAACAAAAUGAUGACUCAAUCACUCUGGGGUGAUACAGGCUUUUUUUUUUAUCUGUCACAUUGAGCUUUCCUGCAGAAACGUUUCAAAGUGACCUUUUCUCCUUUCACAUUCCAACAAGCAUGUUGUUGAUGUGCUCUUAACAACAACACUUGACUACACUGGAGUAGGUCUUAGGAUGUGGGUGCUCAAUGUUUCCCUGGAAGACUGAAACGGAACUUUAACCAAAGAUGACAGACCUCACCGAAGUAUCUGUUUACUCAGAAUCCUCGGACAUUUACAAGAAUGUUUUCUGCAACCCCGCGUUUGAGCUUGAUGGUGAGCGUGAGGAGAAAGUGGAAGGAUUCAGUUCUGCCAGUACUGCCAUGGCCCUAGAGCCAGUAAAGAGCCCAGCUGCAAUCAUCCGUGGUGUGUUCAGUGUGUGUGUGAUGCGUCUGCGGGGUCCGUGGUGUAGCUGGGGGGCCGUGGUGGUCUCUGUUGCAGCUGUGCUCCUGGUAGCAGCCCUGGGCCUGGCACUGGUGCUCAUCUUCACACAGCUAAAGGGGCAGAGUCUGGAUGGGGAAGUGGUGUCGACCAAUCCCCUGGACUUGUUGACUGGAGAUGGACUGCCCCGUGAUCUACCCACAACCUCCACCAACCACAGUCAGAGGGACAUUACAGUGGCCCCACAGCCAGCCAGAUACCCUACCCCUGAAACUAGAUGUGGGGGUGUAUUGACAGCCUCAGAGGGCAGCUUUAGCUCCCCCAACCACCCUGGAUCGUAUCCCCCGGACUCCCUGUGUGUCUGGGUGAUACGGGCGCGCCCUCCAUCCCUGGUCCAGAUCCAUGUGUCCUCUCUGACCAUAGAAGGACCAUCCCCCUGCCUCUUUGACUGGCUGGAGGUUCAGGAGGAGACGGAGCAGCCUUCUGUUGUCACCAGGUUCUGCGGCAACGUGGCACCCCCUACUGUGAACACCAACAGCAGCACUGUGUGGGUGACCUUCCGCUCUGACGGGAGCAUCGGAGGCAGGGGCUUCAUCGCCCAGUACCACGCCAUCACACUUGAACAGAAGAGCUGCUCCGGGGAGGAGUUUAUGUGUGACCACGGGCGCUGCAUCCUGCCUGUGUCAGUGUGUGACGGUCUGCCCAACUGUCAUGACCUCUCUGAUGAGGCCAACUGCAGCCACAAGCACAAAGAGUGUGGGGGCCAAAAGACUGGACUCUACGGCUACCUGGCGAGUCCAAACCACCCAAAGCCUUACCCUCAACAACAGUUGUGCACAUGGCAGAUCUCUGUGGAGGAGGGUCAUGUGAUCAGGCUGAGUUUCCAUAACUUCAGUCUGGAGACUCAGGACGUGUGUGAGUUUGACUAUGUAGAGGUGCGUGACCGUGCUGAUACCGGGGCCGGCAGAGUACUCGGACGGUACUGUGGCACCAGCCUGCCUCCUGAGCUGACCUCCUCUGGGCCUCAGAUAACCGUGGUAUUUGUGGCUGACGAGGGUGUGGCAGACAGUGGCUUCAACGCGUCCUACCAGGCCAUCUCCCUCUCUGAGAGAACAUGCAGUCCUACUCAGUUUGCCUGCAGCAGUGGAGAGUGCCUGCACCAGGAGUGGCUGUGUGAUGGCUGGACUGACUGUGCAGACGGGACAGAUGAGCACAACUGUGACAACUCGACCUAUCCCACUUUCAGCUUGUCCUGUGAGCCCAUCGAGGUGGAGAUGUGUCAGGGCCUGAGCUACAACCACACCUCCUUCCCCAACAUUUGGCUGUCCAUCGCUGACCAGAGAGAGGCAGCCACGCUGCUCCGUCAGUACAUGGUGCUGAUGGAGCUGGCGUGUUUCCAGCCCCUGCGCAGGCUGGUGUGUGGGAUGUUCAUGCCCCACUGCAGCCCUCAGGGUGGGGUGCUGCAACCCUGCCGGUCAGUGUGCUCCUGGGCAGCGCAGCAGUGUAGUCAGGCCCUGGAUGUCUUCACCUUCAGCUGGCCCUUCAACUGCCACCUGCUACCUGACUCCCAAGACCCUAUGGAGUGCUCCAGCCCUUGAAGUAUAGCACCUGCCCCAUUCAUUUGCUACAGUACAACCAUAGUUGAGAUGAAUCCAACACAGGACUAUAAGAACUCUUAAGAAUACCAUCAAAGCUCCAAUCUUUUCAAGGAGUCUUGCAGUCUCGCUUGGACACUGAACAUCAUCAUCAUCAAAGGACCUUUACAUGCAAAAGAAUCACAAUGUUGCACUUCUGCACUCUAUAUGGUUCUAGCCUUGUACAGCAUAAUACAGAUGUAUGGAACAGAACCGGUUGGAGUUAACAUGGGAAUAGAAAAUAAAUGUACAUCUUAAUAAAAACAAUGCUGAUUUUGACAUACUGUAGCUUGAUGUUUUGCAAAUGUGUGUGAUUGAACCAUACAUUUUUUGUGUAAUGAAUUUGACCGAGACAAUACAUGUAUGUUCUACAUCAAAUGCUAUUUUUUUUGCACUAUAUUUAUUUCUGUUUUCAUGUCAUUUAAAAUAAUGAUUGAUCCUGUCCAGAAA